GUAAUGUCUGUGCUCUCUUAGACAGAGAAAGCAGCGAGUUUCACACAGAGAGAGAGAGAGAGAGAGAGAGAGAGAGAGAGAAAUGGGAAGCCUCAUCUUCAUCACAGCUCUCUUGCUGUCUAUGAGCUCCGCCGUGUACUCGUGCCUACCGUCGGAUCGAGCAGCCUUGAUGGCCUUGAGAGCUGUCCUACACGAACCCCACCACUUGGGCAUAUUCAACUCCUGGAAUGGCACCGACUGUUGCCACAACUGGUUCGGCGUGAGCUGCGACCCCACCACACGCCGAGUCGCCGACAUCAACCUCCGCGGGGAGUCCGAAGACCCCAUCUACGAGAAAGCCCACCGCACCGGUUUCAUGACCGGUUAUAUCUCUCCCUCCAUAUGCCGACUCAACCGACUCUCCAGCAUCAUCAUCGCCGACUGGAAGGGCAUUUCCGGUACUAUCCCACCCUGCAUUACUAACCUUCCCUUUCUCCGAAUCCUCGACUUGAUCGGAAACAAAAUCUCCGGCGAAAUUCCGGCCGAUAUUGGCCGACUGAGUCGACUCACUGUUUUAAACGUUGCCGAUAACAAUAUCACCGGCACCAUACCAUGUUCGAUAACCAACCUCUCCUCAUUGAUGCACUUGGAUCUCCGGAACAACCAGCUCUCCGGAACGAUUCCACGUAAUUUCGGCAAGCUCCGAAUGCUGAGCAGGGCUUUACUGAGUCGGAACCGACUCACUGGGUCAAUCCCCGUCUCGGUAUCUUACAUAUACCGCCUCGCCGAUUUGGAUCUUUCUUUCAACCAAAUUUCGGGUCCGAUACCAGAAAAUAUCGGCAAAAUGGCAGUUCUAUCUACUUUGAAUCUCGAUGGAAACCGAAUAUCGGGAACGAUACCACCGACAUUGAUUGCAUCGAGCAUUACUAUAUUGAAUUUGAGCCGAAAUGCAUUUGAAGGGACCAUACCAGACGGGUUUGGGCCGAGAUCUUACUUUACGGCAAUGGACUUUUCAUAUAAUCGGCUGACAGGUCCGAUUCCGAAAUCGAUUACAUCGGCCACAUAUAUAGGCCACCUUGAUCUCAGCCACAACCACCUCUGCGGCCACAUUCCGGUGGGCUCCCCGUUUGAUCAUCUCGAAGCGUCCUCCUUUGUUUAUAAUGAUUGUCUAUGUGGGAAACCCCUUAAAGCUUGUUAGGUUUGAGCCCAUAAAUUUACAAUGGAUUACAAAAAAAAUGUUUCACGAAAAUCAUCUUAAAGUUGUCGAGAACGUUUAAGAUCGACCGACAAAGGUUUCUAAACGAUUUUUGUGAAAUUUAUUUUGUGAUUCGUAGAUAUCAUUUGUCUUUGUUUUUCUGUAUCGAUCAUAUGUGAUAUCGCAGAUAUAUAUUUUGUAUUGUGUAAUGUAAGGGUAAAAUGAAUGUGUUUUAAUUUACCAAUUA